CACCUCUUCGUCGGCGCCGCGCCCGCCCGCACAAACUAUGUCCUGGCGCAUCUGCGCCCGCGGCCCAACAACGCCGAAAAGCUCGCACACAUCGUGCGCUCGAUCAGCGGCGCAUGGGAGGAACACGUGCGCAGCGAAGGCGGGGGCACGGGCGCAGGCCGUCUAGACGACGAGCGCGCACUGCAUAAUGUGUUUCUGUUCGAGGACAUUGCGGCGGGGGCGGAGCAGGGUUUUGUGCUGCCGCUUGCGGGGCAAGAGGGGGCGUGGGCGCGCGAGCACAUGAGCGCGUUUGAGGCACGGGCGGGGGCGGGAGAUGAGGGGAUGAAGGUGUUAGUCGAGGAAGCGAAGAAGCUGAUGUAG